GACUUGGCUGCCGUUGCUGUGAUAACACCAUACGACAGACUGCUAGGAUACGACACAACAUAGAUACAGUGGCUGGUUCUGUGCUGUUCUGGCCAUUAAUGCUGCUGUCGUCGAUUACCGUUGAUAGUUGCUGUUGCUGUGACGAGUGUCAGCAGCAAAAGAGGUGGCAACAAUAACGACGGCGACGACACAGCGCAACAAGAGUUCGUCCGAAGAAUGCCCGUGGCAAUCGCCACCGUAGAUCCGCUGACGGCGUCGCCGUCACCAGCAGCUACAGCAUCGCCGCGGUUGAUCGUAGUGUGGAUAUGCGACGGUUCUGGUGAUCCUAGCGGUGAGCCAGUGUCCCUUUCAUUUACUCCCUACAGAGUUAUAAUGCUCGUGAUGAUGACGAUGGCUAGGAACUUCACGGCGGUUUGUGUCCGCCGGCAGCGGCAAAAGCGAUAGCUACUGCAAUAGCCAUUGCUCCAUUGCUGCUGUUGCCGUUGUUUUCCAAAGAGAAAAAGCAAAAGGGGAAACGCUAACUGCUGUUAAUUUUUAUUGAGAGAGGAGGAACAGCCACAGCAAUUGUAGACAGCAGUGGCAAGCUCAUAGAGAAGUUGAGUUACUAUUAUUCACAUUAUUGGCUGGUCACCGAUGGAAGCGUUGGACGCAGUCGCGUCGCUAUUCGCACCUCGAUAACGUAGCACCAGCAUUUGCUCUAGCAGAGGCUUAAUUAUCGUUGCGAAACUUGAGGUUCGUACUGCAAUUACCUACCACCAGUUGCCGCAGCUGCUGCUGAUGACAGCAGUGCUUCUGAAAUAUUGGAGUGAUGAACUCUCCAAGUAAUUGCAGCGGCGGCAGCAGCAGUAACAACAGCAGCGCCAAUCUGGGGCGGCGACGAAGAUGAGAAGAAGCAAUGAAGACGAGACGACGUGACUCGACAGCGUGGUUACUAACUAUGUGUAUAUAUGUAUUGGGAUAUCCUUCUGUACGAUUGCAUCGGUAGAUAGAUUCAUUGUUACUGUUAUCAACAGUCGGUUGUGGCAGCUUAUGUUACGGUUAUUGCUAUCUUAAUAUUACUGUUAUGAUUGUACUUUACGGAAAAUGUUAACUUUUAUAUUUAUAGUAUGUAUUUAUAGUUUGUUUUAUGUUAUCGAUUCAUUUUUUGUAAAGCAUUUCAAGCAAUCGAUCAAAGCAUUGGAGAUAAUCUUCUUUCUUUUUCCACGUUAAGACAGAAUUUAGCGGACAGAAAUUAGCCACUGUCCCCCGACGAAAACUUUUGACGGUAACACAUGUGUCGCACUGCAUAAUUAGCAAACUGGACCAUUGCUAAAUAUGCUAUUAAUUGCGCUUAAUAGACCCUCUCUGAGAACACUAAGCGCCAAAGGAAGAAAUAUGCAACAAUCAUAGCAAGCAUGGAAACCUAACCGCAGUAGUUCUCGUGUAGAGGCACUCCAAUUAAACCACUGGCAGUCAUGUAUUAUCGACAGAGCUGUUGGCGACCGUUUUUGUUGUGUUUUCGUUGAUGGUCGUGAGCCUAUUAAAGACUAAGGCCUUCAAGUUGUUUCUGCAGGCUUUCACGACACACCUCAUAGGGGAAUGCAGACAAAACGAAGAUACGGAGACAAUCAAAAGAAAUGACAGUGAACAAAAAAAGAAAAGGCCGACUGGACCAGUGAAUAGUAGUAGCAAGACUAUUUGCCGUAAACGUUGAGGAUGUAGGGGAGCGUCAAAUUAUGGGUUAUCUCACCUGAGAUUUACUUGUUUUCCGAGUUUUCGUAAUUUGGAAGACAUUGGUCUUAUGGAACGUUUGUAUAAGUAACUAGUUGGCUUGCACAGAAACCUUGAAAAGCUACUCAGACAUUUUUGUGCUAGAAACACGAAAGAAGAAUUGAAAAACUGUUAACCUCCUGCGGUCGGGCACCGGUAACAGCUUAUCCAUCAAAGAAUAUCAUUGCUAAAUCAAGAUGAUGGUGAAACGGGGUUCAACAGGGCCCUUAUCGAAUCAUCUAAUUAUAGGCUAAUAGGGACGCUCUAUCACGAAACAAACUCAAACGCGACAUCGGCUAGCGAAAAAGGGAAUGAUCAGGCUAUCGUUAAAGCUUUGUGGCGGUGGACUGUGCCGUCAAAUCAACCAAGAAAUUUCCAAUUAAUAAAAAUGAUGAAUGAUCAAUAAUCCGAAAAUUACACAUUACAAGCUUGCCGACUGCAAAUUUCUGAACAAAAUUUCAAAAUGCGGACGUGAACUAGUUCGAAAUAAAAAUGGGUCCAUGAAAUGUGUAAUAUGAUAGUAAUACAGUUUUCAAACGUCGAAUUGGCUAUUUUCUUUCAACGUAAUAUAUCAAAGCUCUUGGUGGUUACACGCUUUAAACUAUUCGACACUCGCAGCAGUCUUUAAAAUUUAGCUGUUUUUUUUUAGGUAUUUUUUUAAAACUGGCGGCUUUCUAAAUUCAAUGAAAACCACAAUAUGAGACAUCCAAAAUGACGUCAAAAAAAGACCUGCCCUGAAUUAUGUAAAAGUACCAUGGCGCACAGUUUGAGCCGAUUUGUCUAAAUUAAGAGCCUGGCUUGAAUAAAGGAGUAAACAAGUGUUGAAAUAAUGUCGAAGGUUCGUACCAGGCUCGUCAUAGGUUAUCGAAAUUUAUAAUAGUAGUAAAGAGUUGUUGAUCUUUUGCAAAUACUUCUUAGAAUCGAGAACGUCAUGUGCAGAUGGCAUAUUUCCCGCUUAUUUUUUGAGCUUUCAUAGUAUUUUGUUUAUCGUUGCUAAGCUGUUCAGUUUUGAUUUUAGAUUUGGAUAAUAUUUUUCGAAAUACAUUUCCAGUGCAUUAGCAGGCUAAGGCAACACAAUUUCAGGUGUGUCUUAAAGGACUUAAAGGAAUAUCUAUUUACAAGAAUAGGUAUUGAACGCUGCAUAUUUACAUAGCAUUUUUCUCGUGAAAACUGAGCUUUCGUGCGUUCUAUUGUGUGUCGAGCUUUGUAUGCAAAGAAUGGUAAACUGGAGUCGCAGCCGCGCUGUAGGUGUAAAUCUGUACUCUCUGAGGAACGUCGGGAGCCGUCAGAUGUGUGCAAGUCAUUGCGUGAUCUGAAAAUUCAAGAGCUAAUUUGAAGACACCUUAAAAGCAUGGAUUUAUCGAUGCAGUGUGAUGCUGUGCCUAUGAUUUAACGGUCAUUAUAAACCCAUGUGGAGGAAUAGAGAGAAAUACUGCCGUUGUGUCAGGGGCUUAUUCCUUUCUUCAAGGCUAAAAACUCUUUUCGUCAUACGCUCGUACAUUAGGUCAUUGUCUACAGAUUUAUAAAUAUAAAGGCUCAAGUUUUACUUCAAAUGGAGCAAUAUUUAUCUAUAUGAGCCAAGUUGGGUUAGUUUAUUAUUAGUUGUUGUGUAUUUUGCUGGUCUGAUGAACUGCUCGAUUUGUGUCGUGUUUUCUCGGGGUUUUAUGGAAGAAAAAGAACUAUUCAGUUCGACUAUCAAUUUGCAUGGGCUGCAACGGCGCCUGCAGACACACACACAUAUAUAUAUAUAUGUAAUUUUUAAAUUGUUGUUUAAAUAAGGGAGAAGAAAAGCUAAAGCAAAAACAAAAUUUAGUUUACCAUACGGCUUUAAACUACCUUAAAUCGUAUCAAACGUUUUCGUCUGUAGGAUGAAAGAGUCGAUAUUGGCUCAGAAGGGUCGGUAUUGUACAAUGUCUACCUACCGAAAUUUUAAUGUCCUUGCUCGGUAGUGUGCAUCACGAUUAUAAUGUAAAUCAAUUUACGAUGCGACUUCGACAUGUGGGUAUAUUUAAUCCUAAAAACUUCGCUAAAUACUCACUAUUCUGAGAAAAGGAUAAUUUUUUCUACUGUCUUAUAAACUGGUGUUAAAAUCCAAACUUUGAAGUUUUCUUUGGGCCAAACCUUAGUUGCAGGCGUUAAUUGUUUUUUUUUUUCUAUCCCUCUGCCUGAACUCAAAUCUUGCUGGCCAAAAUUAAUAUCACUUUGUUGUUCGUGGUAAUUGUGUUAUGUCGCGACCUGAACGACAUCGGCAUAGUUGAAAUGUAAUCAUCUCUUAGAGAUUGCUAGUUUUAGAAUGCCACUGUUUAAUAGAGCGUAUCGGUAUCACCUGCGCGGUAACUGUUCAGCCUUAUUUUUUUCUAUAUAUUUUGCUCGUGCAUUCAAAAGGCAUUAGCAAGCGACAGCACGCGCUACAGACAUUCUUUUCGGAAAGCCCUUUUUAAAUAUCAAAGAAAGGAGAUCACUGAUAGUAUGCGAUCAUGAAUGGAGUUCCCGUAGAAAAUAUGAUUUCUAGUUUACUGAGUAGGAGUAGUCAUUUUAGUCAGUUUCAGGCGAGCAUCGAUUGUUAUGGAUCAUUAUGUUGAGUCACUAACUGUAGCAGUAUGUUGGUUCGUAGAUAACAUAACCGUUGCUGCUGCGCGUAUUGUGGUGUUGUUGUCUAGUGACCCAGCCCUAAGACCAAAUAUAGCGUUAACUUCAAGAAAGCAGGCUUUACCUUAUUUUGGGUCCUGCAAUGUAACAACCGGUGGCGUCGGCAAAAGUGCUCUCACGAUUCAGCUCAUCCAAAAUCAUUUCGUCGAUGAGUAUGACCCAACUAUCGAGGAUUCGUACCGCAAGCAGGUGGUCAUCGAUGGCGAGACGUGUCUGCUGGACAUCCUUGACACGGCUGGUCAAGAGGAAUACUCAGCAAUGAGGGAUCAGUAUAUGCGAACUGGGGAGGGCUUCCUCCUCGUGUUUGCUGUCAAUAAUGCCAAGUCCUUCGAGGAUAUCGCCAUGUACAGAGAACAAAUAAAACGCGUGAAGGACGCUGACGAUGUGCCAAUGGUUUUAGUCGGUAACAAGUGCGAUUUGCCUUCGCGCAUCGUCGAUGUAAAACAGGCAAGUGAACUAGCCAAGAGCUAUGGUGUGCCAUUCGUCGAAACUUCAGCCAAGACCCGUAUGGGGGUCGAUGAGGCAUUCUAUACGCUGGUUCGGGAGAUCCGCAAAGAUCGUGAGGUUAAAAGCCGAGAAAAGAAGCGAAACCGUUCGAAGAUCAAGAGGAGAUGCACAAUUUUCUAAGGAAGCAAACAAAUAAAAAGGACAUACAAAUGAAGCUAUAUUAUACUGCUAAAACUAUUAAUACUAAUAAAAAUAAUGAAGCCAUUUAUUGCCUCUGCUUCUCUCCCCUGUUAUUUGUACUAUUACUAUUAAUAUUAUUAUCGUGCCCAUGAAAAAUAGCUGAACCUGGUACUCUGUUGAUAUGUUCAAUUGUCUAUAUUCUCAUAUUGUUCGUUUAAUUCCUGUGAGUUUUAACUUCAGUGAGUUCGCUCAUAAAGUACGCGCACAUUUACUUUUGGUGGUUCGAUGCAGCUUUGUGUCCCGUGAAGCGCAGGCAUUGAAACGCAUCGGAUUCAAGCGAACAUCCUUCUCUUGUGUUUAUUUUCCUUGAGCUCGCUGGACCUUUGGUCCUCGUAGCGCUCAUUUUUUCAUUAGUUCUUGCCUUAUUAAUUUCAGCUAAUUAAUGACCAUUCUUUAUAAUGCAUGUACACGCAUAUAUAUAGAUAUAUGCGCGAUGAAUGAUACCAUCUUAAACACGGCAUGUUAUAUUACUAUAAUAGUUAUUUCCAUGAGUUUAAGACAGGAAUUGAAAAAAAAAAA